CUACUGAAGAAAGAGGAGACAACCAACUUACUAGUUACAGCAUCAGCGCGCCUCUGGAAAGUCAGCUUGUCAGUUACAGCAGCAAUUCCCCUGAACGAUAACGAAGAGGUAACUUUAGGUGAGAAACCUGACCACGGAGCCUGGGUGAGAAGUUGAUGAAGCGUACUUCAUGAGCUGUAACCGAAAAACUACUGGCUUUUGGAAAGUUUGAGAACACACAAGGCAGCCAUUGCUGGGAAAAUGCAGGGCCAGAGAGAGAAGAUAAUCAUAUUGAUCCUCGUUGCUGCGCUCUCUCACAGGGUGACUCAGGCAAAGGUAAUGGACAUGGUUCCUAAUGCCGUGGAUGACCAGUACACUCACUGUCGGGAGCAGAUGUUGAAGAAGGUUGUGGAAGGGGGUCUGCUGGAAGAAGAACUGAAAGGCAGUAUAGAGUAUAGUUCUGCCUGGCAGGCAAAGCAGUGUACAAAAUUGAUCCCGGGAGGCGUCAAGCAACACACAGAUGCAUUGGUGGCUUAUGGACAUGGGGGAAAUGUGUUCAGAAAUAUUUUCAACCAAGCAGUGGAGACUCAGGGUGGGAAUGUCACUGUCUAUAACGGCAACUUCCGGUUCAAAUCCCUCCACUUCCUUCUAAUGGAUGCCAUGAGGCUUUUGAAGACAGAGAACUGCCAAACUGUGUUUCGUGGCCCAAGCAAAGAGUAUGAGGCACAAGUAGGGUCAGAAGUGCGAUUUGGGAGGUUUACCACAACCAAGGCCAAACGUUCCGACGCGGAGGAAGCUGCUUCAGACAGUGGGAUCCUUUUCAACAUUAUUUCCUGCACUGUAGUCAACAUUGAUGAGUACACUUGCUUUUCAGACAGCAUUGAUCAGCUGAUAUCCCCAGCAGAGGUGUUUAGGGUGGCAGAGGUAAACAAUGUAAGAAAUAAAGAUCACGAGCACAGAGAGAUCGUUUUGACAAGUUCAAGGACUCACAGCAUUGACAGCAUCCACGACUGUUACCUCUUCCCCAGAUCUCCUACAAGUACGAAUCCUCCAUCAAUCAUCCCCAAAGGCUCCUCUACUCAAUGGCUUGGCAGUAGCCUGUUUGUUCUUGUGGUUGUAUCUCUCUCUAUCUCCCUGAUCACCAGGACUGAUCAUCUCUGAUAAACUAAAGUGUUGAAUGCUAUUAGAUGUGGUAAAGAAGUCAAUGGAACGCAGACCGUGGGGGAUAGAAGGAUGCACAUUCAACCAAUCUGAUCUAACAAAAUAGAUAUUUGUCAAAUUAUCAUUUUUUAUGUAUUGUAACAUGCCUUGAAUGUGCUUACUAAAGUUUGAUUUGGAUCUGUCUGUUUUCACGGCAUAACAUUUAGACAUAGUCCCUUUCAGGUUUGGUAGAAGUGACUGCUAAAGGCUAACUCCCAUUCGUAUAGACUGGUAGCAUAGCUAGCAUAGAGAAAUCGAUGGUGGUAGUAAGUCGUUUUUUAACUGUAAUGCAGUUUCUUAGUGAUGAUGACAUCAACAUGUAUUCGGGUUGACAUCCAUACCAGCAUUAUUCUCAGAUGUUUACCUCAACAUAGUGUGAAACACACAAACAAUAGCCUAAAUGUAGGCUAAUUUUGCUUGUGGCCAUUGAGGAGAUUCUGAAUCUUUUCCCCAACCUUUCAAACCCCUCUUAGCAUAAUGAUAUUCUCUUGAAAAAUGUAUUUCUUUGCAUUUUAUUGUUUUUGUAAAAAAAUAUAUAAUGAAUAGAUAUUAGAAAAUACGUUUUAAACAUUGUGGUAUGCAUUUAGCACAUAUUUUGGU